GGUGAAUUGUGAUACCUUUCUUUCCUUCUUCAAUAGUCAUUCGGUGGCGAUUGAAGUGUCUGGUUGUUGGUCCGAGUGAAGCGUUAUGAGAGCGAUAAGAUUUUAAGUGUAUUUAAAAAAAUAUUACCUUUUCUUGUCUGAAAGUGUCGGAAAAGUACCGAAAAAUGGUCAGGAAAACUCACUGGUUAUUCAUAUUUGCGACUUUUGUCAUAUCAUGUGGAUCUCUUAUAAUGUUAAUCGUUUCAACCACAACAACUGAGUGGGUCAUAGGCAUAGCCAAAACUCCGGACGGAACAACAGCCACAUUGAAUGCUCACUAUGGUCUCUUCGAUGGUGCGCAGGAUCUUCACGUUUUCGAAGUUACGUCGCAUUACGACCUCCAUAUGACGUGCUCGUUUGAGAACAGCAUUUGUGGUAUGAGUUGUCAGAACACACCGGAUGCGAGACAGAAUGAAAUCAUCAGGAUCAUGCGAGGAGAACAACCAUCAGAAUGCCCAUUUAGUUCGACAAGACAAAGUAGAAACGCCAAAUUGGCGGAAAUUGCAGACUCUUCACCACGAAACACUCCACCAAAUGAGCAGUUUAUCAGUGCUGCUCUUUGGCUGGCAACCGUGAUUUGUCUGUGCCUAACGAUCUUCUUCUCCUCCAUGACCACUGUUCAGUCGCUCAUCAAUAUCAUUUCCAACCCCAUUUGGUCGAUUUUCAGUGUCUAUGGAUUGUAUAUUUGGAAUGGCUUGUCAAUUGCCUUUUCGGCGAUCACAUUGAUUCUGUGGGGGUCUCUCUUCGCCACCUCCAUCAGAUUCAAUAUCGCAGUCAGACACACUCUCGUCUCAGGCAGCACUCUUUCCUCCGACGGCCUGGCCUCGUUGGGCUUCUCAUAUUGGAUACUUUUCGGUCCUAUUGUUCUUCAUGCCGCGAACAUCGGCAUUUUACUGUGGCGAAAGUGGCUCAUUGAGAGGGAACCUCCACCAGUGGCCAUCAAUGUGGCCAAAAAUGAUUUUACCAUUCUUCUCUACUAAUUUUUAGUCUUUUCAGUGAAGGAAGAGUCAUAAAUCUGGACAAAAACAUUUGUAUAAUUUGUAUUAAAAAGGAACUGAAAAUUUAGUUUUUAUCAUUAUUUU